UACCAGCAUCCUCUGGAGAACAGCAUCCCACAGCCACAUCUCCUGAAGGUAAGAGAGCCGUUUAAAAAAUGGCUAGACACAACAUAUGUAUGUGUUGAUGGAAGUUUAGUGAAAAAAAGUUCACGAGGAAUGUUUUUUGGAGUUUAUUCUCUGUGUUUGGGAAUCCUUGGGUUGAUGGAUCAAAUUCCAGCACAAAAUAGAGCUAUGCGAUCCCUACCUAUUGGCAUGAAUAUUUUUAUAUUGACCGUGGAGUUAUUGACCACUGACACCUUGUUUGCAUUAUUUGAUGUGAUCAUUAAUAGCUUGUAUAUUUGUAUGUUUUGUCCUCCUGCUGUACAGCUGCGUUUAAAAUGAACCACCUGAGACCACCAGCCCUUGUGAUCGCGCUGCUGCUCGUGCUGUGUUUCGCGGAUGCUGCCCCAAAAAACAGGUACUCCGUUUCCUCCAGCGAACAGGGGGACGAAGUACCUGAGAGAGAAAGCUGGAUGUUCCCAGGAUUUUCUACUCAUCCUUUCCUCAGUUUGGUGGGCACGCGACCCCAGAGAGCCGUCACAGCGACAAACAGCCACCACUUGGAGAAGCGCAAGUGUAACACUGCCACCUGCGUGACCCAGAGACUGGCCGACUUCCUCACCCGCUCCAGCAACACCAUCGGCACCGUCUACGCCCCGACCAACGUGGGGUCCAGCACCUAUGGCAAGCGGGAGCUUCAGUCACCCAACUACCUUUACCUAUAGUCCUUUCUGACCACAAAGAUUAGAAACAACUCAAAUAUCUCAGCAAAUGUAACAUAACACAUUUUAUAAUCCGAUCGUAAUGACUAAUCGGAUUUUAUUUAUUAGUUCAUGACAUUUUAUUUUGUAUUUUGGAAAAACUGAAAAACCAGUGCCUUUGGUAUAGAAAAUGACUGCAUAGUGGUUUUUAGCAGUAAGAGCACCUGACUCGUGAGCUCAACUGUGGCUCUGUUCGGGAGGUAGUCCUUUAGUUUGGCUCAGUUCAACGCAAUGGCAUGUGAAUAAAAACGUGAUGUAGAAGGACAAGGAGAUUGCUCACAUUUUGGUUUGAUUUGUUUUCAUAAUAAAAAAGAGAGAG